GCCUCCGUUGCCGCCUCCGUUGCCUCGCAGGGCUUUUCGAUUCGAAGCCGAGAGGGAGAGGUUGAUAGGAAGUGGAAUGCAGCAGCUGCUCGUGGAAUCGUCGGCGGGGAUGGUUUCCGACUCGGUCGCGAACGCUUCGUCCCUUCCUUCGGUCCCCAUCUCCAAGGAUUUCGCCAAGAAGAAGAGGGCCAACAGGUCGGCGAAGUUGAAGCAAUGCAAGCUCGACGCCCGGCGGGAGCAGUGGCUUUCUCAGGUGAAGAAGAAAGAAGGAAAGGUGGAGGCUUGGGACGGCUGUCAUGGGCAGCGAAAUGGAAGUUAUUGCUCGAUGGGGAAUGCGAACAUGAGGAGGACGGUAGAUGAGGAGGAGCAUUACGGGUCAUUCAGCCGUGAGAGUGAUUCGGAGCUUCGGUUGAACAGCCCUGUCGGUUUCGACGGUGCGCUGGGGAAACAUGAAUCGGGGUCCAGCUACGGUGGUAGCAGCACCAGCUGCAGCAGCAGCAGCGCCGGUUGCUGUUCAGGGAGUAUUACGGAAGAGGAGGAUGGGGAUGAUGAGUGCUUGGAUGAUUGGGAAGCGGUGGCUGAUGCCUUGGCUGCCAACGAAAGCUGCAAGACUCCACCACCCUUUGACCCGUAUCCGGAAGAGGAACCUAUUGGAAGAUCGCAGUCUUGUGGUGUGAUCCCAAAUGAGACUGAAAGAUCAGCAUGUGAGGGUUUGAGAACGGGUUCAAAGUUUGCUCUAGUGAAUUCCCGAGCAUGGAGACCUGACGAUGCUUAUCGGCCGCUGAGUCUGCCUAAUUUGUCGAAGCAACACUGUUUUGACAAUUCAAAUUGGCGUCAUGGUAAUGGAGGAGUCCCCUGGUUUUGCCCAGGUGUCUUGCCGGUCCCUACUUCUUGUCCCAUUUGCUAUGAAGAUUUGGACUUAACAGACUCUAGCUUCAUGCCUUGUUUUUGUGGGUUCCGUCUAUGUCUUUUCUGCCAUAAGAGGAUUCUCGAGGAGGACAGCCGUUGCCCAGGUUGCAGAAGGCCCUACGAGCAGGAUCCUGUAAAAGCAGAGGGGACUUUGCAAAGUGGCCUUCGAACUACCCGUUGACUCAUUUUUACAACAACGCGAAGAUCUUAGGAAUUCUGUGCUGUUAUACACAACGUAUCUGGUCUGUCCUUCUCUGAUGUCUGUUCAGCCUUUAACUAGGUCUAAGGUCUGAUUUUCAUGGACGUUCUCACGUGGUUUUUGAGUAUCUGAGUUGAGUUGCUUCUCUCGAGAGUGAGUUAGGUUAUUCUUACCUGUAACAAGCAUGUCCUGUUGUAGAGGACUCGUUUUGCUAUGUGAAUACGCGAGGUGAUAUAGAAAUUUCAAAAAGCGUCAAUGGGGUUCUUUUCAUCAAAUAGAUCCUUUUCCCUUCUAAUUCUA